AAACAGAAAAAGGUACACACAGUAACACAGGCCACAUAGCGUACUGGAGACUGACAGCGCUAUCUGAGGGAGGAGAGCGGCUCGGUGCAGUCACGCAUUCUUAAUCUGAUGUGUGCACAGAACAAAACUGUCUGGGAAGAAAUCAGCACAUUUCUUUUACUUUAGAAAUUCCAAAGGCUUCUUCAGACAUGGCGUCAGAGGUCCUCCCUGUGGCACAGUCACCGAUGCUGUCCUCGCCAUCACAAUCUCCUGUUGGAAGUAUUGGUAGACUGCUCAAGCCAAAUCACAGUAAGAUGAUGCUCAACAUUGACAGCCUGAAGAUGCUGGAGCCUGGACGUAAAAAACUAACUUCAGUAGAGACACAGAGGGUAGUGGCAGUGCUUGAUGAGACAAUAAAAAAGCUACAGCUUGUCAGUCUGUUUCAGCAUGCGUUUGAAAACCUGGAUAGAUAUAGCAUAGUGUUUGGUACGGAGCUGAUGGGUGCUUUGCGGGAGCACCAGAGGCUACAGGACAGCAUGCAGCGACAACUCCGACUAAUGAAUAAAGAAUCAGAUGAAUGUGAGGAAGAGGACGGCUCCAAAUGGACAAGAAAAAACCUGGCAGAAACAUUGGAUGUGAAUUUGACAGCAUUUGGUGAGGGAGUUAGAAGUUCAGUAAGGAAUACUUUGAGGCUAUUUUUGACCAACCCAACUGCCUGUGAAGCUUUGACAUCGGAAAGUCAUGUAAGGGAUGCGGCAGCACAGAAACUGCUCCAGUUCCUUUCAGAGUUGAGAGGAUGUCUAUUUGAAAUGCUUCUGACCAGUCCUCUAGAGCAUAAUGAGAAAAUGUGUUACCUCCAGGAGAUCAGUCUCCGUGACAACAAGAACAGAGAAUAUUUAGCAACUUUGGAAGAAGAGCUUAAUGCAGCAAUUCUUGAUCGUGACACUGAGAUUGGAAAGAAAAAUGAAACUAUUCGCCAGCUGAAGAUCAGCCUGCAUCAGUUAGAGAAGUUAUCAGAGAGCCAGGUGAAACGUAUAACGCAAGAGGCAGAGAAUCAGCAGAAAGCAGACCAGCGAGCCUUAGAGGGGAAAUCUGCAAAGCUUCAACACGAACUGCAGCAACUGAGAUCACACCUCAAUGGUACCAUUUCUGAACACCGCGAGGUAGAACUAAGUCUCAGAAAGAAAAAAUAUAAAGUUGAGACUGAAAUUGAGAACUGGAUACAGAAAUAUGAUGCAGAUAUGGGUGAGAAACAGGCAGAGCUGGAGGAACUGGAGGCAUUGUAUGAAGAGGAGAAGGCUCAUCUGGCAGAACUGAAAGAGAAGCUGGCAACAGUGGAGGUAGAGUAUGCCCAGAUUGAGGAGGAGAGACGCCAGGCCCAGCUGAGGAAGGAGGCAGAAGAGAAGGAGCAUGCCAACAAGGUUCAGGCUGCCACAAUUAUCCAAGCACAUUGGAGAGGGUACCAGGUUCGCAAAACAACGAAAUCUAAGAAAAAGAAAAAGAAAGGAAAAGGGAAGGGCAAGAAAGGAAAAAAAUAAUGGUCUGUAUUACGCUAUGCAACACAGUAAUAUUUCUGUACCCCAAAGUUCUUCUGACGAAGAAAAAUCUCCACUUUAUAGUCUUCCAGUUAUACCCAUGUUUCCUUUUACCACCCGUAAAGCUCUUUACAAUUUUAUCUGUAAAUGCAUCUAAACUAAACCAAAGAUUAAAGUUCUGGUGCACCACAAA